CACGGUUGUCAACUCUGGGCUAUAGCAACGCCCCACCGCGUGCGCGGUUGCUAUACCACGUGUGGAUCGAAGUGCGUGACGUCACAAUCGUACCAGAGCACGCUGUGUCCGUGUUUUAAGCGCGUCAGUCUUCACGGAAGCUGUGCAAGAGGCUUUUGUAUAUAAGGGAAUGGCCUGACGAUUGAAGUGAUAUUUAUAAUACCGACACUCCAUCCCAACAGCGAUAUUGAAAAGAGUUUAACACAAGACAGGGAGCUAGGCUUGACUCAGUCCAUAAAAAAGUAGCAGACUACACAGACGUUUGAUUACGAGGUAUAUAUAAGCUCUAUCUAUAUCAGACUCAACUUUCGCGCUACAUCUUGAAUCGGAAUACGGUUCACACACGCCUAGGCUAAAGUAGGACUGUACAACUCUCGAACAGCGUUUUUAUAAUCACCUGAGACCCAGAAGUCAGCUGACUACGCAUGACUGGAGGAUUACAGAGUACUGUUUUGAAAUUGCCCUUUGGACUCUCUAACUUACGAACGAAGGCUCGAGGUCAUGGUUCGCAGGCGAAAUUAACAGCUUUCAGCGUCUUUAAGUGUUUCGCCAUGACGGAAUCCGCCGAUCCCGAGAACGAGGCGAACGAAAACGAGGCUCGAAUACAGGAAAUGGCCGUCCAAGUUAUGACCGCCAUGCAGGACGAAAACGACAAAGUUUUGAAACAGAUUAAAAAAAUCGCCGGGAAAACAUCCGGGUGGAAAAUAUUUACUGCUGAGGUUGACGGCUGGACGCCAUUCCACGCCGCCGUGCUUCGAGGAUCGAGAAAAACGUUAAAAGUGAUGUUGAGUGCUGGUGUGGACGUGAACGUGCGCAUGGGUCAACCGACAGGACUUCCGGGUCAUUGCACCGCUCUACACAUUGCAGCACAUCGCGGAGAUACGAAAAUCAUCGAGUACUUGCUGUCCCGAGGCGCCUACAUUAAUUUAAAAGACUCUGAUGACCGUCCUCCGCUUUAUUACGCUGCAUCGGCCAAUCACAUGGCAGCUGUGAAGAUUCUGCUGAAGUACGGGGCAGAAGUGCAGAGUUCAGGGGUCAACUUACGUGACAAAGAUCUCAAUCCACUUCCCAAACUCCUGCGCGAAUUCUCUCUCGUCGGAUGCUCUGAGCAACCGUUGUGACCCUUUCAAAGUACUGAGAGUUAUUUUCCAGACAUUGACCCUGCGGGGCUGCACAAAUGAUCUUUAACUGAAUCUGUGAUAAGUUUUUUACACGUUUUUUUUUUAAACAGAGCGGCACAGUACAAAACUGUUGACACUUUGACAAUUUCCACUUGGAAAGCAGCAUUUUCGUUUGAUAUACAUGCUUUUAAAAUACGACAGUGUAUUUUUUCUCUUUUUAUUUUUUAACAAAAAGUAAGAUGAAAGUGCACUUAUUGCAAUGACAGUACACGUAAAACCCCAUCGAUAAUUCAACAAGGAUGGACCACGUGACAUACUAUGUAAAUUAACAUUCCGUCAUUUAUUAGUGACAUUGAUGUGUACAUGUAACGUGUAUUUAAAUUAUUGUUAUUAAAACUUGCGAUGUAUUCCAGAAUGUUGAUUUAUUUGAU